AUGCGUGUCUUGUUAGAUGUACAUCCAAUGAUUCGGUGCGGUCCUGAAACUAGAGUAAUACCGGAGCUCCUCAGUUUACGAGAUGAAAUGGAUCGUAAAAAAGAAAGAGAACGACUUGAAGCUGCUGGUUUAUAUCCAGUUGCCAUUGAUUCUGCUUUACGAUCAUUUAUAUUGUCUUUAAUCAAAAAUGCUGGAGAAAAUGCACCUGUUCUAUGUAAUGAAGAUCCACUAUCAUUUAUCCAUCUUAAAUAUUUGGCGCAAAUAUUUCCUGAGGCGAAAUUUAUUCACAUGGUACGUGAUGGGCGUGCUGUGAUUAAUUCAUUAGUAAAAAGAAACGAAACUAUUGGAAAAAAUCCUAUGAACAAAUAUGAAAAAUUUAGUGCAUGGGAAAGUCGAGUAAAUCAGAUUUUAAAAUCAUGUAAAGCCGUUGGAUCUAAACGAUGCACCACAAUCAAAUAUGAAUCAUUGGUACUCCGACCAACAGAGGUCCUGCACAAUCUAUUCGAAUUCCUUGAGUUACCAUGGGAUCCGAUUGUUCUCCAUCAUCAAACGGCAAUGCACCAGAACUCUCUAAGCAGACUUGAACCGAGUACUUCACAGGUUGUCCAUCCAAUACACUUGGCUUCAUUGACAUCAUGGGCUUCAAAUGAAUCCAAAUUGCCUGAACAUUUCAUCGCAUCAAUACACCGAGAUAGCGUUGUGCUGAAAACGCUUGGGUAUGCUGAUUUGGGUGUGCCACCACAUUACGGUACUCCAGAAAACCAAGUAGCCAAUAUUACUAGUUACCUGAAACACGAUCCACAAUUCAGACGAAUAUUCUAACUUCAUAUUGCUCAAAUGAAACUGUCUGACAGUUGUCAGCAUUAUUCGAUGUAAAUUUCCCUAUACUGAUCAGAUAUCUGUAUCUACAUUUCUCAAGUUAUUUUUCCACAGAAAUGACAAGCAGUGUAUUUCCGAUUAUUUAGAAAUGUUAAGAUUUUUAGUUUCUGAUUGAUGGUGAAUAAUAGAUUUGAAGUGUUAGUUAAUUUUGACUGUAAUGCUGUUGGUGAUCGAUGGUGUCGGUGUUUUUGGUGAUGAUGAUGAUGUUGAUAUUUUGUAUUGCAAUACUUUUCUAUCUUUGUAUUUUCUAAUUUUCCGAUUUUAUUGAUAUUUUUAAUGAUGAAGUUUUGUGUUAAUGGACUGUGUCUUUCAAUGAAUAUUGAAUCGACAUGUUUUAAAUUUUGAUAAUGUUUAGUUGUUGAUUGAUUUUAUUUUUUUAUAUACACAGUUUCGGUGUGA